AUGUCCCAAAUCAUCGCCAAGUCAUCUCACUGGCCAGGGUUCGAGGGCAUUAGGCGCCUAUUCAUCUUUGGCGACUCUUACAGCUCUGUCUUCUGGAGUCACACAGGAUUCUCACCUAGCAGCCACCCAACUGCACAGCAUCCUCUUGGGACACCCUUUCCUGGCAGCACAUUCAACGAGGAAGAUCUCCCUAACUGGGUCGGCCACCUGAUCACCAAAUAUUGCCCUGCACCGAGAUACGAUCCUUCUACAGACGACCAGGAAGACGGCUUUGCAGACGAUCCCCUGCUAGUAUACAAUUAUGCUAGAGGCGGCGAUCAAGUCAGCGGAGUAGCCAGGCAAAUACGAAGACUCUUCCUCCCGAUCGUUGGAACCAAGCCGGAGUGGGCCCCAUGGAGUGAAAACGAUAGCCUGUUCGUCACGUCCGUUGGGAUCAACGAUUGCGCGGUAUCUCGCGAGGGUGACUUUCCCUUACGGAUUUCAUUAUUAAUGGAGCUUCAAGAAGAGCUGUAUGCCAAUGGCGCCCGCAAUUUCCUUUUUUUCGACGUUCCGCCUAUCGAUAUGGCACCGGCUAUUGCUGAGAAGCGUAUCCAGUAUGGGAUAGAAGUGGACCCCUCACAAGAAACCCAGUUUCAGAAAUGGAAUUCCCUGCUUCUUGCUGCUAUCCGAGAUUUUCAAAGCAAGCAUCCCGACUGUACUAUUCUCGUCUACUCGUUAUACGAGAUGUUUUCGGUCGUCCUCGAUGACCUCGACACCUACGGGUUUCCCCCAAGCCACAAACACAUCAGUAACGGGACGGUUUGGCUUGACCAUAUUCACCCCACGAGCAAGAUCCACGAUCUGAUCGCUCAUUUCCUAUGUGACUUCCUCAACGAGGUCCCAAAAUAUGAACCGGAAGAAGAUACCGCAACUAAGGAGGAUACGGCCGAAUGA